AUAAUGUAUGCAAUCUCUUUCAGGAAGGAAAUGAGAAGGAAAUGAGUGCCUAUUAUCUGGAGCACGCCAGUGUUGAUCACAUUCAUAAUCAUUUUGAUCUAUUUGAGGCUGAAGCUCGUCGCUUGCUUGACUCAGGCCUUGCAAUUCCUGCGUAUGAUCAGCUUUUGAAGACAUCUCAUGCUUUCAAUGUCUUAGACUCUAGAGGAUUUGUUGGCGUAACAGAACGUGCCCGCUAUUUCGGUCGUAUGCGUAGUUUAGCCCGUCAAUGUGCUCAACUAUGGUUGAAGACAAGAGAAUCUCUUGGGCACCCCUUGGGUGUUGCUUCUCAUCCUGAUCACCUUGGCUUUCAGAAAGAAGACAUGGAGGAACUGAAGAAAAAGGUUUCUACAGAACCUCGGACUUUUAUCCUGGAAAUUGGGACGGAGGAGCUACCCCCAAAUGAUGUGGUUAAUGCUUGCAAUCAAGUACUUAAGUUUCUGUCAUAAUUAUUCUUGGUUUUUACUUUCUCUAGGCUUACUAAAUAUAUAUAGUCUCCUGCUAUGCUUUUUCAUCUUUAUUGAAUCUUUGCUUAUUGAUUUGUGAUUUUCAUUAAGCUUGGAAGUUUCUAAUAUCUGUUUCAUUUGAGUAACUCCAUCAAUUUCACAUGUGAUUCAAGAGGAAGUUUUGUAGCCAAAUUUAAUGCAUCAAGCUCUAAUGUGUAGGCUAUGUUGUUUAUUGCAGCUCAAAGAUUUAAUCCAGCAGUUGCUGGAUAAACUAAGAUUGAGUCAUGGAAGCGUGCAAACU